UCAUUUGUGUGAAAUUUUUCAGAUUUUAUUAAAGAUUUUAGUCUUAAAUAUUACUUUGGUAGCAUUAAAUAAGUCUGAAAUACCUCUAGUGCAAUAAUUUGAACUGAUAAAGCUCACAGUUGAAAUGGGAAGUACUCGGUCAUGAUGCCCGAUUUCGCCAGAUAGAUCGUGUAGCUUUCGGUCUUAUUUUCGCAGUUCGCACGGACUGGAAUAACAAUUGUUAUUCUUUUUAUACCUGCAUGAAAAUUUAUGUGAGUGAGGUAAAGAAUUGGCGUGAAAGUGUUGUGGUGCAGUGUGGUGCAGUGCGGUAGUGUCGGUCGCAAUGUAUCAGUGAGGGCGGCGAUCGCUAAGCCAGGGUCCCCAUUGUCAUGUUGGAGACGCGGUCUGUGCGCGCCGCGGACUCGGUGUGGGCGAAUAAGCCGUUGCCUGCGCCAAACGCCAUGGCUAACUCCAGGCACGGAAAGAACGCACAGGAUGAUGUUUGCUAUGUAGUAGCAAAAUACGAUUAUGCAGCUCAAGGUGCGCAAGAAUUGGACCUACGCAAGAAUGAAAGAUACCUCCUCCUCGAUGACUCCAAACACUGGUGGCGUGUGCAGAACGCCCGUAGCCAGUCUGGAUAUGUGCCUAGCAACUAUGUCAAAAAAGAGAAACCAUCUCUUUUUGAUAGCAUUAAAAAGAAGGUGAAAAAAGGGUCGGGGUCGAAGACUCUUCCGUCUAGCAGCUCGCCGGUGCGCGGGGCGGGGCCCGGCUCUGGCGCCGGCAGCAGCACGGGCCCCGAGUCGCCGGGGGCCCGCCGGCCUGAGCCCACCGAGGCCCUGGGCACGGCUGUAGUGAAGUACAACUAUCAGGCCCAGCAGCCAGAUGAACUGUCUCUCACCAAGGGCACUCGUAUCCUCAUCCUUGAAAAGAGCAACGAUGGUUGGUGGAGAGGACAGUACCAGGGCCAUACUGGAUGGUUUCCAUCAAAUUAUACAAGCGAGGAAGGCGACGGCGAAGAUACAGUGCACACUUAUGCCAUGGCCGAGAAUGUCCUAGAUAUUGUAGUUGCAUUGUAUUCUUUUACGUCGAACAACGAACAAGAAUUGUCGUUCGAAAAGGGCGAUCGACUGGAGAUAAUAGAGAGACCACCAUCAGAUCCUGAAUGGUACCGCGCGCGGGACUGCCGCGGUCACGUGGGUCUAGUACCGCGGAACUACCUUCAGGAGCUGGCGGAGUACCUGCAGCACGGGUACGACGGAGCCGCCCCGCCGACCAACAUCGCCGGCCGCGCCUGGUACUACGGCGCCAUCACGCGCACGCACUGCGACGCGCUCCUCAACCAGCACGGACACGAUGGGGACUUCCUCAUCCGAGACUCCGAGACCAAUGUCGGUGACUACUCUGUGUCACUGAAAGCGCCGGGUCGGAAUAAACAUUUCCGUGUUCACGUCGAGGGCAACUUGUACUGCAUCGGACAACGCAAGUUCACAACGCUAGAGCAGCUAGUGUCGCAUUACCAACGUGCUCCGAUUUACACCAAUAAGCAGGGAGAAAAGCUGUACCUAGUGCGUCCCCUCCCCCGCGCCACCCCCAACUGCUGAGCGCCGAAACCACACUCCGGCCUCGACCAGUCAGACCCGCACGGGCCGGAAAACCGAUUGAAGACUCAACUAUGGCUCAUUUCUAAAGAUCAUCGGAAACUAUCUACUUCUCGACAGCUAGAAUGGUUCAAGAAAGUGUUACCGGCUACAUCAUGACCAUUAAACUGAAGUUGUCCAUUGAGAUUAAUAAAUGUAAAUCCAAAGAUGUGGAAAGUGAAGGAUUGAAGGCACUCAGAUGAGAAGUUUGGAACCCAUCCGCCAGUGUUUGCUAGGCCAGUGUUAGAUACUAUCUGUUUGCUACUAACCAUAUAUAGAGUGCUGAAACUGUGUGUGUUUUGUAUAUUGUAUAGCGGUAACAGCUGGGAUGUAGAUAUGGACUUGUGUGAAAAACGGUAGAUCCGGGUUAAUAAAUCAAUACAGCAAAUGUAAGAGAGAUAUUAAAAUGCAGUUUGCUGCUCCGGCAAAAAUACUGUGAUUGUCUUGGCUUUCAUUUUUCGUGUUGAAUUAUUGGUCGAAAAAUGAGAGACGCUAAGCAGCAUUGGACAACUCUAAGUAAUAAGGAAUACAUUGCUUUAUAUAAAUACAAAAUACAUCAAUAUGCUUUCGUUUGGGUGUUUUUACAUUAAUGAUAACUGAUUCGGAACAACUUUAUGAGUUAUGGCCUAAUUUAUACUUAGUAAAAUUCUUGCCAUAUUAAAUUAAUAAAGUUAGUUUGUAUUUAUAUAACAUGUAUUCACUUAUAGCCAACAUUCUAAACGUAAGCUUAACAUUUUCCUACAGAUUUUAAUACUUACAUACUAAACGCAUAGAUAUCGUAAAUUAGAUAAUAUUUAUUCUAAUGUCUGGUUGAAAAUGAAAUAUACUCAUAUGAAUUCUAAGAAUUCUCUGAGUUUAAAAUUUACAAUUAGGUUAAAUACUGAAAUAUUCGAUAUUCUAAGCAUAUGACGGUCACAUACAAUUUGAUUGUACUUUAGUACUUUUAUGUUAAUUACAUCUAUUUUUUAUUAUUGAAAGAGAUAUUUACGACAUUAUUAUUUAUAUAAAAUGAUAAUACAGGAGGAAAUUAUAGACUCAAGUAAAACAUGACUUCCGUUUUCGUCUUCCCGAUAGGCUUGCGACGCAGAGUUUAGCUAAAUUAAGAAAAAACACAUUAGAAAAAACAAAAGUUUUCAGAGAAAACAAUUUGGAGUUACCCACACUAGUCUUUAUCCUACUUUGUCGUGUACAUAUUAUUUUUUGUGCCAUUUCUAAUCUUUCAAUAAUAAAAAAAAAUCGAUGUAAUUAUGUGCAUAAAAGUUAGGGUAUGCUUGUAAAUAGAAAUUAUUGAUAUACCAGAGAUUCGCAUACUGAUUACGACUAAGAUAAACUAAAAAAUAAAUAUUUUGUUUGCAGUUGAACUGCACGAAAUCAUUUUUCUUGGCAAACUCUGAAAUUUAUUCUCAUUACUCAGUACUAGUAAUUUAAGCUUAACCAUAGUUAACUAGAAACUUAGUCUUAAUAAUACAUGGUUAUAUUGUGUGAGCGAUGCAAGCAUACUUUAGCUUGUAUGUCCAAAAACUCCUACUUAGUCCAUAGCCAGAAGACAUAAUUAUAAAAGUAGACUAAUGGCAUUCAUGCGAUGUUAAAAUUAUAAUACAAUAAUAAACCAAAAAUUUGCUUCUGCAUUCUCGUAUAGUUAAGCGGAUAUAUCAUAUUUAUAUGUAAGUCUCAUAAUAUGGAAUAAAGUAAUUUUAAACGAUUAUUUUAGUUGAAUUGUGUUCUAUGUCUCUGUCCAUAGAAUUUGAAAGUGGACAGGCACGAAUUGAGAACCUUCUCCCUUUUUGGAGGUGGUAAAAUAGUGGACAUAGAUUAUGUUUUGCAUUAAUAAUAUUAUCACUAUAAUGGUCCAAAGUUUGGCUCAACUGAAUGCCGUUAUUGCAUAAUUUCUACUUAAAAAUGUUAUUUUCAAUUAAUAUUACGACUUUUAAAGUACCGUUUUGAAUAUAGUUGCUCUACAAAUUAUACAGUAUAGUAUACCUUUGGUUACCAAAUUUUUUGUUUGUAUACUUACUCUGUGCAAUAAAUUUUUUUGGACCAAUGUAGUGAUUUAUCAAUAUUUAUUCUAUUUUGUGUGUUUAUAUAUUUGUGAUGUUGGGCCACAUAAGUUAACAUAAGUCACUCGUGGAAUGCAGGUUGCGAAGGGGAUAGAAAUUAUGAAUUUAGAACGUAGGUGUUAGUGAGUACGCAAACGCAUGAAUUUCGGAUUCGGUUUGAAAUUGAUUUUGUUAUAAAUGAUUGGAGUGAACUCGCGACUAGCAUUGAACACUAAAGCUGGAAACAAAUUAUUGGAAGUUUUCAUAAGUCGCGGCUGACGGAUGCGGCUUGUUUCUAUCUGAUUAAUACAAAAUACAACUGUCUGACUGACUGACAUCUGAACAGAAUCUGGCUGGCUGGAUGUUUUGGCAAUCGCGGACGUCCUCGUAUGAACCGUGCACAUUGUGAAGCCGCAUCCGUCAGCCGCGACUGGAUGCGUCCGAUAAUUUCUUUCUAGCAGGCUUCUUACAGACAAAUGGCACCUGUCGACGGCACGCGUCGACGGCAGCUGUCGCGUGAACAAAAAAGAGAGAGCGAGAUGCAACAUGUUACAUGACACAUUGCCGUUUGAUGUUUGUUAGAAAAUCUGUCAGCCGCUUUUUGGCAAUUUACAGUGACGACAUAGUAACAGCGUAACCGCUAAAGUUUUUGAAACCAAUGCAAGCGAUAUUGUGAAUUAGGUCGCAACUAAUCAAAUCCGAAAUCAGUGUGUGAUCGAGCUGAUUAUCGAUGUUUUAUAAUUUUAUAAUGAAAAUAUUUAGAUUAGAUUUUUAGCUAAAUGAAUAUUUUAUCAUCAAUAAAAAUUUUUGACAACGAAAAAUUUAUCCCAGUGAAGUGUGAAACGCGAGUAUAGAUUUAGGGCAAUUUUUUGCCUUGUAAGGUUUGACUAUGGAAAGACUGGUUUUUGGUCGGUAUUUGGUAUGAUGAGCUUGCGUCGAGUUGAAUCUCACGAGCUAUUCCAUCGGAGUGACGGCUGCUAGUCAAUACGCCAGCAUCACAAACUACUCAGCCUUCAAUUUACUGAUUGUUUGAUGAAAACAUUGUAAAUGGAACAUGGUAAAUGGAAGCUUAUACAUAUACAUAAUUAAAACUUGGGAGCGAUUAUUAUAAUUAUUCGAUAUUGAGUUGUAAGUUUCUUCAAAUUACUGUUGGAAAAAGCUCCAAGUCUUAUUUCUCAUGUAUUAUAUUUUAAUGUACAGUUACUUGUGAAAUGUAUUCUGUGGGUCAAUUUGAGGGUAUAUAAACAACUUUUAUGUGUACAGAAUAAAAUAACCCUUUACCAAAUGCACCCCCGUGGCCUGUGGCAGAAAAAAAAAACAUUUUAUCUGUUUGGUUGUUUAUGAGAUUAAUGGCAGCUUAUGUGUUGUAGAUAAGGCUGAUUUUGGUCUCACCUAUGGAACAAGACAGCUGUCCAAUUAGUGGUAAUAAAUAUUUCACGUAACGGUUAAUUUUUAAAAACCUAUUCGAGAGGAAACAUCUCUCAUCUAAGAAUCACAACUUCCAGUAUUUUAAGAUGUAAGAAUAUUUUGUGCUGGUUGUGUAUUUUGUUUGAAGCCACUUCUAUACACCGUUUUAUUUUGCUGCCAAGUGUCAAUGGACACGUCCGUGAUUGUUUGUACGACUGACACCUCCUCUAAAAUAGUAGUAAGCGGGACAAGUUAUUUUUCUAUGAAUAUUUUCAUUUGAUGCAUCAAAUAAUGUAAGGCACCAAGUGUAGCGAUUUUGUAUGCGAACUAGCUUAAGGACUACACUAAGACAUUGAGGGUGUUUUCCCGUGGCCACAGGUUAUAAUCAAGUUGAGGCGAAAUUGCAUUUAUUGAAAUUAUUCCUUAUUUUUUGUAUUAUUUUUUAGGAAAACAUCCUCGAUAUACAGAAACUAAUGAUCCUCUAAUAAGAAUGAGCAAAACCCGCCGAGAACAUUAAUUGUUCAGAAAUAUUAGGAGAAUGUGUAUGUAUUGUAUUGAAAUACGUACGAAAUAAUUCUUUGUGCUCCAAGACCGGAGACCAAGACUUUAUAACAUUUUGGGGUUAAUUAGACUUUGAAUACCACCGAACCUGGGAGUUGCAUAUUUGUAAACUAAGUUUAAAAAAUAUAAUUGCAACUUAGUCGUGAUUGGCGUUUGUCCUAAAUUCAUGUUGGAGGCUCUUUAGUAUAAAAUGGCACAUUUAUUGUACAUGUGAUAUAUUUGAGAUGUGACUCGGUUUUGUUGUAACGUGUUAAAAUGAACUACACAACUUGAAACAUCGUGAAUCGCAGCUAUAGUCGCAUGAAUGGACAUUGAACAUAUAGUCGGGUCGCAGAAAGCGGGAAGAUUCGACCGUUGGCCUCUCGCUACUCGUCUCUUUCACUCGCGCACGAUACUCUUGCUCUUUCGUACACGUGGAAAAGAGACAGCUAUAAUAUGUUCGUGCGUGUUUGAAAGAGACACAAGACAAUUUUCUCUAUCAUUUGCGUCCCGAAUACAAGUAAAUUUCAGUAACAAUUUUUGUAACGUUAACAAAACAUCGAAGUCAUAUCUCGGCGAGGGGAGUAUGUUACUAGAUCUUUUUGAUGUAUUUAAUACGUUUUAUACUCAAUAUUGUAAUUAUAGUUUGAGGUGGAUUCGCGUAAUUUAGAUAUACUAGGAACAAAAUAGAUGGAAUAGUACGAAUGUGCAAGUACGACGAUAGCUGUCGUAAAUUUCAUUAACGUGCAUAUUGUAAUGGCUUUUUAUGAAAUGUUUUGUUAUGACACGAAAACACUAUGGUGACUCCGUAGUCCGUAGGAAGCGACAUUGCACACAGAAAAACAUAAGUCAGACAUGCAUUUAUCAUUGGAAAUAUAUUGGCUGCUGCACCGUCUCAUGCUAACAAAAUUUUAAAAAAUAAUGCUAUCUUACAUUCCUAUGCUUCUUAAUACAUGUAACUAAAUCUGUGUAUAACAAACCAUUAAAAAUAAUUAACGAGUUCGAAAAUUAAUCCGGUGACUCAUGUAAUCGAUUUAGAGUUUAGUUUAUAGAGUGAUUCUGUUUUUAUUUUUGUAUUGCUCAAAUGUAUAUUAUUAUUUGACAUGUAACCAUGUGUUUGUAUGUUUUCGUGUAUCCGAUUGUAAUGAGCAUAAUUAUUGAUACUACUGUACGUGCAGUGUAUAAUAUAUAACAUUAUAAUUUAUUUAUUAAUUUGCAAAA